AUGGGCAAAAUACCGGAGUUGAAUAAUGUCUACCUUAUCAGUGGACUGGCCACCAUCGGUGGUCUAAUCCAAGGCUUCGAUGUUUCCAGCAUGUCUGCUAUUAUUGGCACCGAUAAUUACAAGACCUACUUCAAUAAACCGAAUUCGGUUGCUCAGGGUGGGAUCACGGCUAGUAUGGCUGGUGGUUCGCUGCUUGGUUCUCUAUUUUCCUCCUGGACAAGUGACCGAUAUGGCCGUCGUGAUUCGAUGUUUAUUGCGUGCGUCUUGUGGUUGAUUGGCUCCAUUUUGAUGAGUGCAGUGCAAAAUGUUGCCAUGUUGAUUAUCUCGCGUAUCAUAAAUGGCUUCGCGGUGGGAAUACUUACUAGUCAAGGUCCAAUUUUGAUUGCUGAAAUCAGUUUACCACAACAGCGUGGUAGACUGCUCAGCUUGCAACAGUGGAUGAUUACUUGGGGCAUCCUUAUUAUGUAUUUUAUAUCAUACGGCACAUCAUUCAUGAGCAGCCUGGCGUCAUUUCGUCUCCCCUGGGGUCUCCAAAUGAUCCCAGGUAUUAUCCUCAUGGCCUGUUUGCCUAUGAUGCCUAGAUCUCCCCGCUGGCUGGCUACACAAGACCGGUGGGAGGAGGCUGUGGAUGUUCUUGCACGACUGCACGCUAAGGGCAAUACCCUUGAUCCGAUUGUUGUUGCACAAGCUACCGAAAUUCGCGAAAAGCUUGAACUCGAGCGGCAAUACAAGAGCACUGCCUGGUCUGAAGUAUUCAAUUCACGAAACAUCAUUCGUGUGCAUUGCGGUAUUUUCACACAUGUUUGGUCCCAACUCAGCGGAACAAAUGCUAUGAUGUACUACAUUGUGUAUAUUUUUCAGAUGGCUGGCCUGACGGGCAACAAUGCCCUCCUAUCCGCCACAAUCCAAUACAUCAUCAACGUGGUCAUGACACUCCCUGCACUGCUCUUUAUGGAUCGUCUCCCACGCCGCCGCCUAUUCAUUGCAGGUGCUCUUGGCAUGGCCAUUCUUCAGUUCGUCCAGGGAGCCCUCAUGAAAUCAUACGGGGAGGCUGUUCCUGGAGGCCUUAAGGGCUCCCCCACGGUUACGUGGAGGGUGACUGAUGGAAGAGCAUCGAAAGCAACUAUUGCCUGUUCUUACUUGUUCAUUGCUAUAUAUGCGCCUAGUUGGGGGGCCUAUCCCCCCGAGAUCAUCCCUCUCUAUAUCCGUAGCAAAUCGGUUUCUCUGGCGACAUUCUUCAACUGGGCUUGCAAUUUUGCUUUGACUUUCUUUUCUCCUCCUGGGUUCCAACAUAUCCAAUACAAGAUGUACUUCCUGUUCGGAACCUUCUGUUUCGUUGCCGCGAUCCACGUCUUCCUUCUCUUCCCAGAGACAUGCGGCAAGUCCCUGGAAGAGAUCGAUGCAAGCUUCAAUAAUGAAAGCAUCUGGGCUUUCAAGGCUAAGUCUGUACCAAGCCGACUUGCUGCUGAUAUUGAACAGGCGAAGGAGGAUUUGGAGGCUGGCAAUGUGCCCAAGGCCAUUUUUGAGCCAAAGAAGUAA